AUGAAGGCAACCAGUGCUACCCAGCUUUGUUCAUGUGGAUAUGAUGGAUCUCCUAUCUCGGCUGCCAAGCAAAUACCUUCCCACAAGACCUCCUCACCAACCCAUGGGGUUAAGCACGCAGACCCACAUAUGCAUGUUGAACCUGAUGAAGUAAAUGCUCUGGCUCAACUGAUGACUUGGAAGACUGCUGUAGCAGAUAUUCCAUAUGGUGGCGCUAAGGGUGGAAUUGGGUGCUCACCAAGGGACUUAAGUAUGAGUGAGUUGGAACGUCUUACCCGUGUCUUCACUCAAAAGAUUCAUGAUCUUAUUGGAGUUAAUACAGAUGUCCCGGCUCCGGACAUGGGAACCAAUGCACAGACUAUGGCAUGGAUUCUGGAUGAAUACUCAAAAUUUCAUGGUCACUCACCAGCCAUUGUGACCGGAAAGCCAAUUGAUCUUGGUGGAUCACUGGGUAGGGAGGCUGCAACUGGGCGUGGUGUUGUUUUUGCAACAGAGGCUUUACUUGCUGAAUAUGGGAAGUCAAUUAAGGAUUUGAAAUUUGCUAUUCAGGGCUUCGGAAAUGUGGGAUCUUGGGCAGCAAGGCUCAUUCAUGAGAGAGGUGGUAAUGUCGUUGCAGUGAGUGACAUCACUGGAGCGGUUAAGAACCCAGAAGGAAUUGAUAUUCCAGCUUUGCUCAAGCAUAAAGAAAUAACAGGACACCUAAAUAAUUUUAGUGGUGGAGAUGCGAUGGAUUCAAAUGACCUGCUCACACAUGAAUGCGAUGUUCUUCUCCCAUGUGCUUUAGGAGGAGUUCUGAACAGAGAAAAUGCUGGAAAUGUCAAAGCCAAGUUCAUCAUAGAAGCGGCAAAUCAUCCAACUGAUCCAGAAGCAGAUGAGAUCCUAUCCAAGAAAGGAGUGGUAAUUCUCCCCGACAUUUAUGCAAAUGCUGGAGGUGUGACUGUCAGCUAUUUUGAGUGGGUUCAGAAUAUUCAAGGUUUCAUGUGGGAUGAAGAGAAGGUGAAUCAGGAACUAAAAAGAUACAUGACGAGAGCUUUCCAUAACAUCAAGAACAUGUGUCAAUCACAUGACUGCAACCUUCGGAUGGGUGCCUUCACCUUGGGUGUGAAUCGAGUUGCACGUGCCACCAUAUUAAGGGGCUGGGAAGCAUAA